AUACAAUAGAUUAAAAUGGUUUCUAAGAAAAAGAAAAAGUAUUCAUCUGGAGAAGGUGCGCAGUUUAUGACCAGAAAAGCUGCGCUUAAAAAGUUACAAUUGUCUUUAAAAGAUUUCAGGCGUAUUUGUAUUCUAAAAGGCAUUUACCCCAGAGAACCUCGGAAUCGAAAGAGAGCUCAAAAAGGCCAGGGUGGCAUCAAAACACUUUAUCAUACCAAGGAUAUAAAAUUUCUUCUACACGAACCUAUAAUUUGGAAACUCAGAGAGUUAAAGGUAUAUCAACAACGUAUCCGCAAAGCAAGAGCAAUGCGAGAAUAUCGAAAGAUGAGAAAGUACUUACGUGAUUACCCAGAAAUCAACAUUGACCAUAUAGUGAAGGAGCGCUACCCAACUUUUGUUGAUGCACUAAGAGACUUGGAUGACUGUCUAACUCUUUGUUUCCUGUUCAGCACCUUCCCUUCACUCAAAAGAGUUCCCAGAGAUCAGUCAAUGCUGUGUAGACGACUUACUGUAGAGUUCAUGCAUGCUGUAAUUGCAGCUAAAGCACUCCGCAAAGUAUUUGUGUCAGUCAAAGGAUAUUAUUAUCAAGCUGAGCUUGAAGGACAGACUAUAACUUGGAUAACACCACACCACUUUUCAUUCCAGCCACAAAAUAAAGACGAAGUAGACUUCAAAAUUAUGUCAACAUUUGUAGAAUUCUAUACCAUGAUGCUUGGUUUUGUGAAUUUCAAAUUAUUCCAUUCGCUUAAUCUGGUGUACCCUCCAAAAUUAAAUGCAAGUCUCUCGACAGACUGUGAGUUAGACCUUGUUGAUGAACAAUCCUAUGUUUCGGAGCGAAUAGCAGCCUUGAACAUGUCUCUCGCUAAAAUUGAAGGAGCGAAUGAGGCAGAAGAACUGCCUGAUCUUGACAUUUUUAAUGCAGAAGAUGAAGACCCUCAAAAGUUAGAAAACGCAAAGCUGGAAGCAGAGAAAGUUAAGAAACUGAAAACCCUUUUCAAAGGCCUGAAGUUCUUCAUCAACAGAGAAGUACCUAGGGAACCUCUAGUUUUCAUUAUCAGGUGCUUUGGUGGAGAAGUGUCAUGGGACAGAGACCUUUUUGUGGGAGCCACCUUUGAUGAGUCUGAUGAAAGUAUUUCAUACCAAAUUGUGGACCGGCCCAAUGUAGACAAGCAGUAUCUUUCCCGUUACUAUGUGCAACCCCAAUGGGUCUUUGACAGUGUCAAUACAAGAAAUUUGCUGCCCAUCAACAAGUAUUUGAUGGGUGCUGUCCUUCCUCCACAUCUUUCUCCAUUUGUGGAUGAAACUAAAGAUCAAGUGUACAUGCCUCCUGAGGAGAGAGAACUUAAUGAUCCUAACUUCAAACCUCUAGAUGAUGAUGACUCAAACAGUGAAGUUGAAGAAGCUAGUGAUGAAAACAAAGAACAGAAUGAGGAACAGGACUCUGAUGUUGAUGGGGAUGAUGUCCUCACUCGCCAAUACCAGCAAGAGGUCCAGGAGGAUUCGCCUUCUGAAGAUGAUGAUGAUGAUCAGAAUGAAUUAAAUGCUGAGAAAAAGAAAAUGUCCAAGGAAAAGAAAAAGGCAAUGGCUGUAACAACAGGUGUGCCUUUUAAAGAGAACCCUUACCAAAAGCAGAUUGAAGACAAGCAGGCAUUCAGACUUCGAGAGAAGCUUGUUCGGAAAAAGCAUCGCAAUCUCUAUAAGAGCAUGAAAGCAGGCAGGGAAGAACGAAGGAAAGAAAUCUGGCUACUAAAUAAGAAGAGGAAACUUCAUGAUGCUAAGGUUAUAGAAGAAAAAAAGGCCCAAAAACAAAAGCAAAAAUUGCAAGCUUUUGAGGCUGCAACUGCUUAAAUUAGAUCCUAAAUAAAACCCUGUAC